UCUCUCCCCCCCUUUUUUUGCAGGAGUUCCCUCCUCCCUCCCCUCCCUCUCUCCACCCUAUUAAAACAACCUCCAAGCCUCACUUGUUUUAAAAAGACCCCCUUAAGUUGGAGGAGGCACAGAAUCGGCCGUCUGGGAAGAGGGAGGCAGCGAGGGGCAGGGGAAAGAAAGGAAGAGGUGGACGACCAGCAGGGCAAGAAGCAGAAAGCAGCGCUGCGCGACGCCUGGAAAAUAUUCGCCGCCGCGGCUGGUGGAACCUCGAAAUAGACGCUCCAUUCAGUUCCGCGGCCGCAAAAGCUGCCGCGAAGUUCUCCAGAUGCUACGCCGGCCUCAACUUUUCGCCAACUUUCGCUCCGGGCGCCUGGAGGACUUCGGCGCCAAGAGGAAUCGGCCGGCAGCUUAACCUCGGUGCAGAGACCCUUUGGCAGCAAGGGGGGCUAGGAGGAGGUGCUCCUGAGGUUGUGGGAAUUUGGGAUCCUCGAGCGGCAAGAGAAGGCACCCCCCCCGCUGGCACCUUUUCCAUGGUGGGGAGGCGAGCUACGGCCAGCCUCGCCAGAACUGUCCCGGGAGAAUGCAUUGUGAGAGGUUUAUAUGCAUCCUGAGAAUUCUUGGAACGACCCUAUUUGGAGUAUCUCUUCUGCUUGGAAUUUCAGCUGCUUACAUUGUGGGCUACCAGUUUAUCCAAACAGACAACUAUUACUUCUCCUUUGGGCUCUAUGGUGCUAUUCUGGCAUCCCACCUUAUCAUCCAAAGCUUAUUUGCCUUUCUUGAACACCGUAAAAUGCGUCGAUCACUUGAGACCCCAAUCAAGCUGAACAAAACUGUUGCCCUUUGCAUUGCUGCCUAUCAAGAAGACCCGGACUACUUAAAGAAAUGUUUACUUUCCGUCAAGAGGCUUACCUACCCUGGAAUUAAGUUGAUUAUGGUAAUCGAUGGGAAUUCUGAAGACGAUGUUUACAUGAUGGACAUUUUUAGUGAAAUCAUGGGCAGGGAUAAAUCUGCGACUUACAUCUGGAGGAAUAACUUUCAUCAGAGAGGCCCCAACGAGACUGAAGAGUCCCACAGAGAGAGCAUGCAGCACGUCACUCAGCUGGUCCUGUCCAACAAGAGUGUCUGCAUCAUGCAAAAAUGGGGUGGAAAAAGGGAAGUCAUGUAUACAGCCUUCAAAGCCCUGGGAAGAAGUGUGGAUUAUGUGCAGGUAUGUGAUUCAGACACGAUGCUUGAUCCAGCAUCUUCGGUGGAAAUGGUGAAGGUUUUAGAAGAAGAUCCAAUGGUUGGUGGUGUUGGAGGAGAUGUUCAGAUUUUGAACAAGUACGAUUCGUGGAUCUCCUUUCUCAGCAGUGUCAGGUACUGGAUGGCAUUUAAUAUUGAACGAGCGUGCCAAUCCUACUUUGGCUGUGUACAGUGUAUAAGUGGACCCUUAGGGAUGUACAGGAACUCCUUACUCCAUGAAUUUGUGGAAGAUUGGUAUAAUCAAGAAUUCAUGGGGUCUCAGUGUAGCUUUGGAGAUGAUCGACAUCUCACUAACAGAGUCCUAAGCCUGGGCUAUGCGACGAAGUACACCGCUCGAUCGAAGUGCCUUACGGAAACGCCCAUCGAAUAUCUCAGAUGGUUGAACCAGCAGACCCGUUGGAGUAAGUCCUAUUUCCGCGAGUGGCUGUACAACGCCAUGUGGUUCCACAAACAUCACUUGUGGAUGACCUACGAGGCAGUCAUCACAGGGUUCUUUCCAUUUUUUCUCAUUGCCACUGUCAUACAACUUUUUUACCGGGGGAAACUGUGGAACAUCCUUCUCUUCUUGUUGACUGUUCAACUUGUUGGCCUAAUCAAGUCUUCCUUUGCGAGCUGCCUUAGAGGGAACAUUGUCAUGGUGUUUAUGUCCCUUUACUCAGUGUUGUACAUGUCAAGUUUACUUCCCGCCAAGAUGUUUGCAAUCGCCACCAUAAACAAGGCAGGAUGGGGCACAUCUGGCCGAAAAACUAUCGUGGUCAAUUUCAUAGGACUCAUCCCCGUGUCUGUUUGGUUUACAAUCCUUCUAGGCGGGGUUAUUUUCACCAUAUACAAGGAAUCUAGAAAGCCAUUUUCCGAAUCAAAACAGACAGUGCUGAUCAUUGGGACAAUACUUUACGCCUGCUACUGGGUGAUGCUUUUGACUUUAUAUUUAGCUCUUAUCACUAAAUGUGGCCGGCGGAAGAAGGAACAACAAUACGACAUGGUGCUUGAUGUGUGAUUUCACCAGCAUUUGGACAUUUUCUUCUUCUUGCUGUUUCAUCUUUUCUGCCCUUAGCAAAGUUUUUUUUCCCCCCCGAGGGACAUGAAAAUAAACCUUUUCAGAGUUGGUGGCACUGAAUUUGACAUCGCUAAGGGAAAAGGACUACUGCUGCUUGGAUUUGAAGAUUAACGAAGCAUGCCAAAGCAAAAGAGAAAAAAAACAAAAAACAAAACAAAAAAUAAAAUAAAAAUGUGAUUGUGCCUUUUUUGGUAGGGGGAGGAGGAUAAAAAUCAUGGAUUCGACCCAUUCCUGUGGGUGGUCUCUGAAAAUGCACUUUCUUCUAUGAGACAUAUGUCCGAAAGUGUUAAUGUCCUAUAUACCUCAUUACUCACUCUGAUAUGGACAGACACAGAAGAAAGGGAGUUUUGGAGACACAGGCAAAGGAUUUGAUAACCCCUUGCGACCAUAAUUUAUAAACUUCUUUGCAUUGUUCUGUGAUAUAUUUUUUUUAGAAUGAUGUGGCACGUGUGUGUGUGUGUGUGUGUGUGUGUGAGAGAGUAAACGUGAAACUGCCAAAUGCAAUUCCAAAGUCAAUUUUUAUAAGAGCGAAUGACCCAGUUGUAUUUUUAUAUCAUUGUAAUAAUUUGUCUCUGUUUACCUUUUACACCAUUUUUUUUUUAAAAAGAAAAGCUCGUAUUUUAUAUUACUGCCAAAAAAUCUUUUCUUCCCAUCUUCCUUAACAGCCUACUUUUCUAAAUAGGUGUUGAAGAAUUGUGACUUUAAAAUAAAAGGUUGAAAAACGAGAACACCCUUGCCCACAAUGUGAAAAUGGAUGAUGCUCUGUGUGUUGUUGUUUUUUAAGAAUUAAAACUUAAUUUCUGUAUUUUUCAAUGGACAAAUGGCUAUUUCUAUUACGGUAUAUAUAUAAACACGUGUGACUUGCUUUAAUUUUAUUUGGAAAAAACAACCUGACUGUCAGUUUAUGGGGACAGAAAAACGGUGAGGGGGGAACUUCUAAAACGGUCGUCUACAUCAGUCCACCAAGUGUUGUUUUUCAUGUGAAUCUCUAUGAGCUUUGGUCAAACCAAUUCAUCUGAUGAUAGCGCAUCUCACUUCUGCAAACCCCGCCCCUUCUGUAGAGGCAUCAUGACAUCACCUGUCUGUACAAAAGGGGUGGGGCUUCUAUUGCAACUGUUCUUUCAGCGUUUUGGUAAAAACAGCCAGAACUGUAGCUCUCCACCUCUGUUGUCACAGUUUCCUUCCAAUAAUUCCAUUAUUUGUUACACCUGCAGAAUGCUCACCCUACAUUCCCCUGGGAAUUCUGAGUGACUAUGCACAACUCUUGGUGUUCGGUGCGGGUUGUACUGAAGGACAUUCUUCCCCAUUAAGGCCAAAGGGAUAGAUAUGUGCAAUUGUUUUCCCCUCCCAGAAAUAACAGAAUAACAGAGUUGGAAGGGAGAUCUUCUAGUUCAACCCCCUGUUCAAGCAGGAAACUAUACCAGUUCAGACAAAUGGUUGUACAAAUCUCUUCUUAAAAACUUCAAGUGCUGGAGCACCCACAACUUCUGGAGGCAAGUCAUUGCACUGGUUAAUUGUUCUCACUGUCAGGAAAUUUCUCCUUAGUUCCAGACUGGUUCUCUCCUUGAUUAUUUUCUAUCCAUUGCUUCUUGUCCUGCCUUCAUAUGCUUUGGAUAUUCCAAAACAGAAUAUAUUUCCUGACAGAUGAAUAUAUCUCAUAAUCUCUCAGCCAAAGAACCAUGAGGAUUUUUAGAGCUGCGGUGAUGCAGUGGUUAGAGUGCAGUAUUUGUAGGUUAACUCUGCCCACAGCCUGGAGUUCGAUCUAGAUUGGCUCAAGGUUGACUCAGCCUUCCAUUCUUUCGAGGUCAAUAAAAUGAAGACCCAGAUUGUUGGGGGCAAUAGGCUGACUCUGUAAACCAUUUAGAGAUGGCUGUAAAGCACUAUGAAGUGGUAUAUAAGUCAAAUAUGCUAUUGCUUUUGCUAUCUUGGAGCAAGGUAAUUUACAAAUCUAGCUGUGAACACAUUACAUAAUCAAAGAUAUUACUUAAGGUACUCAGUCAUGUAGCAGUUUGGUAGCCAUGAUCCAGUAUUCCUGCUUCUGUGUUACCCAGCAAUGUUUAAAAGGUACAGAAAUGCCAUUAAAAUAAAACCAAAAGAUUCACAAACCGCAGCAACUGUAAAUCAAUGUUACUGAAAGUGAUUUUUUUUAAAUUUACACACAGGAAUUGCAACUAAAAGGAAUUUAAAGGUCAUUUUUCAGUCUGAAUGACCCCAGUUUGGAAACUGAAAAGGGGGUCUUAACGUAAUUCCUUACUUCCCAAGAUUUUAAUCACAUUAGCUGGGUCUAAAGUUAGGUUAGUCACAUAUUAACCCAAUAUCUCAUCUCAAAAAUUUCCAUCCAGGAUUCUUAGUCAGCAUGGCAACUGGUUGUAAGGGAAACUUGCCAAUUAGAAGCAUGCCAGUUUAUGGAAGAUGACUUAAAUAAGUAAUGUCCCACUGAUUUCAAUAGACAGAGCUGUGAUUAAUAAUAUAAUCUCAUAAGUGUUUACUAUAAAACCCAUAGGACUGAAUGUGAUUUACUCCAAGAUAACAUGAGCACACUAGAUGCAACUCUGUGAAAUGAAUAAACGUGGGCAAGGCUAUAGUAAUACUAUCUAUUCCAAGUUCAUCUACACCAGCAUUUUCUCAACACUGAGCAUUUUAAGAUGUGUGGACUUCAACUUCCAGAAUUCCCCAGCCAGCAUGACUUCUGAGAGUUGAAGUCUUAAAAUGGUCAACGUUGAGAAACGCUGUUAUUCAUUUUUAUAAACAAAAUUUGUUUUACUUAUGCCUAUAAGUAUAGUUCUAGUUUAGACAAAUAAAAAUUUGGGGUCUAAUGCCUAUGGGUUGGGCAAAAUCGUAUAAUAUUAAUUCUCAAAGGAUAUUUACUGAAGUAUUAUCAGCACCACACUGGUUUGCAAAUCUAGUUUCUUAGCUGGAUUGUGGAAAAUAUAUUCAUCUGAUUUCAGACAUCUCUUUAACCAUCUUUUAUUAAGAUGCUCCUUUCUCUGUCAUAAAAUGAUGUGCAACACACUUCCUUUUUAUUUGUCUGUGAUAUGGAGACAAGCGUGCUUGCUUGCAAAUUUGUUUUUGAUAUACGCUUCAGCUGGGCACGGGGAACACCCUUUUUAGCAACCGAAUGGAUCAGUAUUAAUUUUUUUUAAAAAAAUGAAACAAAACAAAUAAACAACACAAGUGGGGAAAAAAAGAAACUUGACUUUGCCUUUUAACUAUUUAUAUUGUAUAAGUUAAAGCUUUGGGGUAAUAACGUUUGAGUGUCAAAUAAUUCAUUUCCUUUUAUUAAAAAAUAUUGAAUUUAUUGCCUGUAUUUAUUCUAGCAAUAAUUCAAUGCAUUUCA